GAUCCUGAUUAUUGAGCUUAAACCAAAGAUCAUGGUGAUUUGCGUUAUUCCUUGACAUGGAUCCAUCCACGAUAAUCAACAACGGUACCGCAUUUCAACGGGUGAAUGCGCCGUCGUUCAAUUUGGCGGAUAUUUGGCAGUUUCCUAUGUCUGGAAGUGCGAAUCUUAGAGAAUCCGGCGCUGGAUUGGACAUGAGGAGAGUACAACAGUUCGAGCAGAUCUUAGGUCAUUUUACUCAUGAUAACUCAGAUAUAAAUCGACGACUUGCCUCUCCUCCUGACGACGACGACGAUGAUACAGACUUGAUUGCCAUAAAUCACAAGCUAGUAGUAGAUCAUACCACCACCGCCUCCAGGAAGCGGCGAGAUGCGGCGGCAUCUAGAAACGACGAGUCCGGGAAAGGUGCUUCAACUAGCACUGCUAAUGGACUGAAUGAUUGUGAUAUUGGAAAACGGACAAAAUCGUUGGGAUCCGGAGGGGAUGCAAAUUCAAACAAACAAGCGGGAAAAACAGCCAUGACACCAGAGCCACCUAAAGAUUACAUUCAUGUAAGAGCAAGAAGGGGCCAAGCUACUGACAGCCACAGUCUAGCAGAAAGAGCUAGAAGAGAAAAGAUAAGUGAGAGGAUGAGGAUUCUACAAGAUCUUGUCCCUGGUUGUAAUAAGGUAAUUGGGAAGGCCCUUGUUCUUGAUGAGAUUAUCAAUUACAUUCAGUCAUUACAGCGUCAAGUUGAGUUUCUAUCUAUGAAGCUGGAAGCAGUAAAUUCAAGAAUGAACAUUGAUCAAGGAGGAUUUGGUUCAAAAGAAAUAGUAUGUUAA